AUGGCUCCUGAUCUCAACUCCAUCGUUGACGGAGGCGCCGCCACCACCGGUAGGGGGAAGCCCAACAUCAUCUACAUCAUGGCCGACCAACUUGCCGCUCCUCAGCUCAAAAUGUAUAACCCCGAUUCCCAGAUCAAGACACCCAACCUCGACCGCCUGGCGGAGAGCUCCGUUCAGUUCGACUCGGCCUAUUGCCCGUCUCCUCUCUGCGCUCCCUCGCGCAUGAGUAUGAUCACUGGACUUCUUCCCAUGAAGAUUGGUGCCUACGACAAUGCCUCUCAAAUCAACUCGGAAAUUCCCACCUAUGCCCACUACCUGCGAACCCAGGGCUACCACACCGCUUUGGCCGGCAAGAUGCAUUUUGUUGGCGACCAACUUCACGGCUACGAGACUCGUCUCACUAGCGAUAUUUACCCAGGCGACUUUGGCUGGGCUGUCAAUUGGGAUGAGCCCGACACGCGCCUCGAGUGGUACCACAAUGCCAGCUCCAUUCUGCAGGCUGGGCCUUGCGGCCGCAGCAACCAGCUCGAUUACGACGAGGAGGUCAUGUAUCGGAGCACUCAGUACCUCUGGGACCAUGUCCGCGAGGGGCCCAACAAACGCCCUUUCGCUCUUACUGUCUCUCUCACCCAUCCUCAUGACCCCUAUACCAUCACGAAAAAGUACUGGCAGCUGUAUGAUGAUGUCGACAUUGCUCUGCCCAAGGUUCGCAUGGCCAAGGAGGAUCUCGACACACAUAGCCAGCGCUUGUUGAGAGUUUGUGAUCUCUGGGACCAGGAUUUCACCGAUGACCAGAUUAAGCGUGCCAAGCGUGCUUACUACGGCUCUGUCAGCUACGUUGAUGACUGCAUUGGCAAGCUUCUUCAAACCCUGGACGAUGCUGGUCUGGCUGAAGAUACCAUUGUCAUCUUUAGCGGCGACCACGGCGACAUGCUUGGCGAGCGUGGUCUCUGGUACAAGAUGAGCUACUUUGAGUCGUCUGUACGAGUGCCUCUGCUGGUCAACUACCCCAAGUGGUUCAAGCCUCAUCGCGUGACCCAAAAUGUUUCAACCCUGGACCUACUACCCACCAUUUGCGACCUCAUUGGUGUCAAGCCGGCACCCUAUCUUCCCAUGGAUGGUGUCAGCAUGAUGCCCCAUCUCGAGGGGAAGACGGGCAACGAUACUGUGUAUGCCGAGUACACGGGAGAGGGCACCGUCCGUCCGAUGAUGAUGAUUCGUCGCGGUCCCUGGAAGUACAUUACUUGCCCAGCAGACAAGCCUCAGCUUUACAACCUGGACGAGGAUCCCGAUGAGCUUGACAAUCUGGCGCGCUUUGUCGACGUCGAACCUCGGACGGAGGCAGACAAGGAAGCAAAGGCCGUCUUUGAAAAGUACGAUGCAGAGGCCAAGGCGCGCUGGAACUUUGACGAGAUUACUGAAAAGGUCUUUAUGUCUCAGCGCAGCCGUCGUCUGGUUUGGGAUGCUUUGAAGAUUGGCACUUUCACCAGCUGGGACCACGACCCCGUCGAUGACGGCCGUCAAAAAUACAUUCGCUCCACCAUUCCUCUGGACGACUUGGAGAGAAAGGCUCGCUUCCCGUUUGUUGAUACCCACGGAUACGAGAUUAACAAGGGGGGUGUUGUCAGCUCGACACGCGGUUGA